UAUCGCUGAUUAAAUUUACUUAUUAUUUUUAAUUUCCUAGAAAUUACUUCAUCGAACACAGCAGUUCAGUUUAGUUCAAACGGGUUGUCAUAUCAGGAACAAAAUCCAGCAGUUCCGGACGUAGGACAGGGUGUAUUGUUGCAAUCACCACAGAACAAUGCUUCCGGGAUAGCAUCAAGUCGGCCUCAAGAACGACCGUAUCAGGAACGAGCUCUUGGAACUCAGGAUGAGGUACCGGGUCCAUCGGUAAAAUCGCUAGGAAUGCCAUCGCAUCCAUCUGACUCCGUUGCAUCACAUCCGUCAAACGCCAUUUCAGAAAAGCGAAACAAUUCAUUCCCGGAAGGUGAAAAAAUAUAACCCAUAAGUAAACGCUUAUUAAUUUCAUGUUUUUAAUAGAUGCAGAUCUGAUACCAGCAGACCUGCUUGAACUGACUCAUAAUCAGGAACAACACCAAUCUAUUUUCGUAAGUGAUGACGGCAUCGUCUACAUCAAUCCAUCUACAAAUGACUCCGGAGCCAUCAACGCACCAGGAAAUAUGAUUUCGCGCGAUGAAUUUAAACUCGAGAUAGAAUCGGUGAAAUCUGAAAUGGCCAAAUUGAAGACAGAAAUGGAACAAAUGAAGUAUGAUAUAAUCGAUUCAAUCAACACAGGUGUUCGACAAGCAGUAGAAGAUUGUUUCGAGAAAAAUCUUCCUCGUUUUGUCACAAUGUUGGAUAUGACCAAUAGGGUUGAAGGGCCUACACCACAUGUACAGGAAGGAAAGUCAGUUGAGGAGCACAACCUCAUUAACGAUGAGAAAGAUGUAAUGAAUUUCAACAAACUUUUAGCGAACGUAGAUGUAUUCAACGAUUACGUCAAAUAUUUCUCAAAAAUAAUUGCUCCAGAUACCUACUCGGAAAGAGGCGAUUCGGCAUGUUACUUAAUCGUAGACUGUUUGUUCACCCGAGCAUUUUGGAACAACUUUACCUGGACAGGCAUCAACAGAGGAAAUAAAUCAAAACGGGGUUUCCGUGAAUUCGCUAAUGUCCUUCAACUGCUUCUGAAAAUAGUUCGCGUUGGUGACCCAUUUUACACGAUUAAAAAACUGGAGUCUUUCUGUAAGGACAAACUUUUCCGUUACUCUAAAGCACGAUCCACAAGUAAGCAGCUUCGGAAGCCUACAUGCCGCCAAAAACGGGAUAAAAAAGCCAAUGAUGAUGAAAAUGAAGCUGAAGAUGUCAAUGGCAAGGAUGAUGACGAGGAUAGUGUACAAACCGAUAAUGCCACCACUGAUUCUAAUGAAGAUGGGUCGGAUGAUGUUGAGGAUAAACCUGAACCGGCUGAAACUUCAAUGAGCACCGCUGAAGAUGAGUCGCAAGAGUUUGCUGGAUUCGCUGAUGUUUAAAUUUAUUAUUCGUAUUUCGACGGAUAUUUUUUGGUUAAACAUGUUAAGUCACUUGCUUACUUUUAUUGUUAUUGUUAUUUUUACGAUGAAUCAGAA